GCGAAGAAGGGAACGAUCCACUGUCACUGUGUACGACGACGAGGGAGACCUGAGAAGAAGAAGAAGAACAAAGAACAGCCGAUGGGGCUUGGGUUAGGUGUUAUGCGUACGAUUGAAUUUCUACUCUUGAUAAUUGCGAUUCUCUCGGUUCCUGUACUCUCCGAUCUGAUCCUCUCCAAAGUCGAGCGACGGAUUGAUUUGACCUCACAGAUCGCACGCAUCGCCUCUACAAUCAAGGCGGAGAAUGAUGGUUCAAGUUCGGUUUCAGAGAUUCUGCUGUCCAUCCCUGAAGUCCAGGCGAAAAAUCUGGCUUAUUUGACUGUAAAACUUGUUGAAGGGAAAGGGAAAGCAAAAACAUCUGGUGUUACUCUCGCGGUUGAACCUGCCAAUCCUAAAGGGAUGCCACCGGCUUUGAGUUUCUACACAAUGCUAUUACCCAAGCCUUUGGCUAAUGGCGAUAGCGUGACCUUAGAUGUUUUGGCUGCAUUUACCCAUAGCUUGAGGCCAUUCCCCGAGAAGAUCACUCAGGCUGACAUUCAGCUCGUGGUGUUCCAAGAUACUGCACACUAUCUCUCUCCUUAUCCAGUCAAGGUUCAAUCCCUCACUGUGAAGCUGCCCGACGCUAGGAUAGAGUCAUACACAAAGCUUGAGAACACAAAGGGUCUUGGUUCGGAGAUCAAAUAUGGCCCAUAUGAGAACCUCCCUCCAUUCUCAUACUCUCCGGUUGCCAUACAUUUUGAAGCCAAUCAGGCAUUUGCUGUUGCUCAGGAGCUCGUGAGAGAGAUCGAGAUCUCCCACUGGGGGAAUGUGCAAGUAACUGAGCAUUAUGACAUUGUCCAUGGAGGUGCCAUGAGUAAGGGUGAAUUUUCCAGGCUUGACUACCAGUCCAAACCCCAAAUCCGAGGUGCAUCAGCCUUUAAACAUCUUGUUGCUAAACUGCCUCCGAGGGCUCAUUCUAUUUAUUACAGGGAUGCGAUUGGAAAUAUAUCAACAUCCCACGUCAGGGGGGACUCAAAGAAGACGGAAAUUCUGAUUGAGCCUAGAUAUCCACUAUUUGGUGGUUGGAAGACUGCAUUCACUAUUGGAUAUGGUUUGCCGCUACAGGAUUUUGUGUUCGAGUCAGAGGGGAAACGUUUCUUAAACUUCUCCUUUGGUUCUCCUAUGCAUGACUUAGUAACAGAUAGCAUCACUUUGAAGGUUGUAUUGCCCGAAGGAUCCAAAUAUCUCUCUGUUUCUACUCCAUUUGUUGUGCAACAGGAAGAAGAGAUAAAAAUGUCUCAUCUAGACAUAUUUGGCCGACCUGUUGUUGUGCUGAAAAAGGCCAACGUUGUGCCAGAGCAUAAUCAAUUUUUCCAGGUCUAUUACCAGUUCAAUGCACUUGCAAUGCUGAUGGAGCCAUUCAUGUUGAUCACUGGAAUCUUCUUCCUUUUUGUCACUUGCAUAGUCUAUGUGCAUGUUGACUUAUCUAUCUCCAAGUCUUCAGCUUCGUAUCUAGCAAACCUGCAGUGGGAUGAUGUGAGAGCAACAGUGCAGCAGAUUCAAAAUACCGUCAACCAGUGCCUAUCCACACACGAAAAGCUAGAGGCAUCACUACGUGAUCUCUCCAGAACAGGAGAUGUGCAAGCUUGUAAAGCCGCACGCAAGGCAACCGAUGGCCUGUUGAAGGAGUUGUCGAAGGAACUGAAGCCCUUGAUCUCGUUCUUGCAAUCUUCACCCCCUGCUGCUCAUAUUUUCCCCAAGGUAGAGGAGCUAGUAGCAAAGGAGAGGGAAUUGCAGGAGAGGCUGAUGGCCAAGCACUCGAUCAUAGUUGAUUCCUACGAGAAGAAGCUUGGAGGUAGGGAAACCGAGAACCGGGUUGCUUCUGUGCAACAGAAGAUUGCAGCUUUGAGGCAGGACAUUGAAGAUCUAAUGGAAUACAUUGACGAAAUAUAAAAGGCUGGUUGCUGGAUAGAAUAGAUUGCCCAAGUUUUGUUGCACUGGGACUGCAGAAUUAUGCUAGUAAUUAGCAUUAGACGUUUCCUGUACUAGUUGCAAACGUUUAUAGGUAUUAGAAGAAGUGAGCAUUGAGGGUUGUUUACUG